GAAAGAGUUGUUUCCAGUGAGGCUGGACUGGAUGACCAACACCAUGACAACAUUGUGGUUUCGUAGAAAGUAGACAUACUGACUUUAUGCUUUACUAAAGGUCUGGAUUAAUUUUUUUCUUUUAUUUUGUAAGUGAGUCCGAGCAGCUGACAUGGAGUGCAGUGACCAGGUGACUCUUCGGCUGAUGAUGGCUGUAGGGACGGCUGUGAUUGGCUCGCUCCAGUUCGGCUACAACACAGGUGUCAUCAAUGCUCCUCAGAGUACCAUUGAGAGCUUCUACAAUGAGACGUGGUUCAGCAGGUUUUCAGAGCCCAUCGAUCAGGGAACUUUAACAGCUCUUUGGUCUCUCUCUGUGGCCAUUUUCUCUGUGGGUGGAAUGUUGGGCUCCUUCUCUGUCGGCCUCUUCGCUACCCGCCUUGGCAGGAAGAACUCCAUGUUUGUGGCCAACGUUCUCGCCUUCGCCGCUGCUGCGUGUAUGGGAUUCUCUAAGAUGGCUGAAUCCUUCGAGAUGCUCAUCGCUGGCCGUUUCAUCGUGGGUGUCUACUCCGGUCUUUCCACUGGCUUUGUGCCCAUGUACGUGGAAGAGAUCUCGCCCACCUCGCUCCGUGGAGCAAUGGGCACUCUGCAUCAGCUUGGUGUGGUGAUUGGCAUUCUCAUGGCCCAGAUCUUUGGAAUGGAGUCUAUCUUGGGGAACAGCACCCUGUGGCCCCUGCUCUUGGGUUUUACCCUGCUGCCAGCAGUGCUGCAGUGCAUCCUGCUGCCCUUCUGUCCUGAGAGCCCCCGGUACCUGCUCAUCGAAUGCAACGAAGAGAGCCAAGCCCGCAACAUCCUGGUUAAGCUACGGGGCACUGACGACGUGAGUGACGACAUGCACGAGAUGAGGGAGGAGUGCCGGCAGAUGAAGAGGGAGAAGAAGGUGACCAUCCUAGAGCUGUUCCGCUCCCCCGCUUACCGCCAGCCCCUCUUUGUUGCCGUCAUGCUGCAGCUCUCACAGCAGUUUUCUGGAAUCAAUGCUGUGUUCUACUACUCGACCGGGAUCUUUGAGAAAGCAGGUGUGUCUCAGCCUGUCUAUGCAACCAUUGGUACAGGGGUGGUCAACACUGUCUUCACCGUUGUUUCAUUGUUUGUGGUGGAGCGAGUGGGCAGGAGACCCCUUCACCUCAUCGGUUUGAUGGGGAUGGCCGUUUCAGCCGUGUGUCUGACGAUCGCCAUGGCGUUGUUGGUACGUUUGGAGACGUUUUCAACACUAAUUAUCGCUUUUGAAAUAAAGUCACUUAUUCACGACUUAUUCAUUCGUCCACAGGAGCAGCUCAGGUGGAUGUCGUAUGUCAGCAUCGCAGCCAUCUUCAGCUUCGUGGCUUUCUUUGAAAUUGGACCCGGCCCCAUUCCCUGGUUCAUUAUCGCCGAACUCUUCAGUCAGGGUCCCCGGCCUGCUGCCAUCGCGGUCGCUGGUUGCUCCAAUUGGUCUGCCAACUUCUUAGUGGGGAUGGGUUUCCAGUACGUUGAGCAACUCUUUGGCCCGUACGUCUUCAUCAUCUUCACUGUCAUGUUGCUCGGCUUCUUCGUCUUCACCUACCUCAAGGUGCCGGAGACGAAGGGCCGCACCUUCGACGAGAUUGCGGCCGGCUUCCGCCAGUCGGCGGGUCAGCUGGACAAGUACUCGGCCGCGGAAGAGUUCGACACCCUGAGGGGAGAUGAUCCUGACCUUUAGAAAGCAGCUGUGUGCGCAAACCUACUGUAUCUCUGACACUUGAGGCACAGUUUAACAACUCAAUCGGCAUCAAAUAUGCAAUAAAAUAAAUUGUGUAAAAUGUGAGUCUUCAAGACAGACUUUCAUAUAAGAGUGGACAGAUCACUGGAGAACUGGGAAAACCAACCAGCCUAGAAGACAAAGCAAUAAAUAAUACCAGAGAGGUAUCAGGUUGUCCGUCCGCUGACGAGGUUCCCAUACUGCGCUUUUCCAUUAUACAGUUCUAGCACGACAGUGAUAGUACCUGGUACCUGGUGCUUUUUGGUACCUGCUCUGCCGGCCACUGAUUGGUCAGAUAGAGUUGUCACUGCAAGGGUCAUGAGCACAAUAUCCGACACAAGAAGAUCAGUUAUCAGUGGAUCAAAAUCCUGAAAACAUGCUUUAAUCUACCAAAAUUUAGCAAAGGAAAUUUCUAAAAUAUCAAUAUUCAUCAAUGUGACAGACGGAGUCAUGCAGGAAGGAAGUACUGAAUGAUGUUGGUGAACAAAUCUUUUUAAUUUAUUGACUCUAAUGAUUCAGUACACUGGAAAAAGAACCUGUCUCUUUGCCUGUCUCUACAUUGUUUGUUUGCGUCUCACAUAAAACAACGCGAGGCCCCAUCCACAUUUUGGAGGUACAAUAAUGGAAAAUGACGUGCCUGAUACCAAAUGUUAGUAGAGUUAAGUGGAGUAGAGUAUAGUGCUCGAACUGUAUAAUGGAAAAUCACCAAUAGAUACAGCUUUUAUUUGCUAUGUUCUUCGUUGGUUAAUGCAAAAAACAAAACACUCACUCAGGCUGGUUUGUCCACCCUUGUCCUAAGGCUAAGAAUUAUUAUAUACUUAUACAAACAUACUGAUGGGAAGUUAAUUCAAUUUAUGCAAUUAAACCCUCCUAAAUAACACAAGUGAUGUGUUAAAUGUGCUUUUUUUAGGAUAAAAAAACAACCCAGUCACCAUCUCAGCCAUCUUCACAAUAAAAUAGAUCAGAUUGUGAAAAUUUCAGAACAUCAUUUGAUCUAAUUUUAAGUUAUUUCUCGUCCAUCAUCUAUGCUCUUAUCCGUAGCUAAUGUCUGUUGUUAUGCACUUUUGCUUCUUUUUUUUAUUUUCUGUUAAACAGAUCAAGUUUGAAGUAUUAGACUGAAUAUUCUAACUGAUAUUAACGUUCAGUGUUGCUUUGUGAAUGUGAUUUUGAAAAACAAGCAUGGCACGACUAUGUGUAGUAGGUCUCUGUGAGAACGUUAUCUUCACCUGUCUCACUGCACCCUCCUCAAUCAUUUACCGUCGCACGAAAGCAAAUCUUUUCUUCUGAUACAUUUAUAAUUCAUUUACACAUUACUGUAUAUCUGAGAAACACUUGCACAAAGUGCAUGUGAUUUACUGUGAUUUGCAUGUGUUGAAAUGUGUGUGUCAAACAGUCUGUACUUUACUGUGUUUUAGUAAAUAAAGUAAAUAAAGUCAUUUCUAUGUGGAAUUCAUGGA